AUGACCAUGUGUAGCGGAGCGAGGCUGGCCUUGCUGGUCUACGGGAUAAUAAUGCAUAGCAGCGUUUCCUGCUCACCUGCCGCCGCCGGACUCCGUUUCCCUGGGAUCAGACCAGAAGAGGAGGCUUACGACCAGGACGGAAACCCGCUCCAGGACUUCUACGACUGGGACCCUCCGGGCGUAGGGAGCCCCGCCUCCGCGCUGCGUGACGCCUACGCCCUCUACUAUCCAGCCGACAGGAGGUACAACCCGCCCGGGUUCCGCCUACGGCUUGGGCCUGACAUGGCGGGAGGGACCCGAGAUGUCGCCCAUGAAAUCCUUAACGAAGCCUACCGCAAAGUCUUGGACCAGCUGUCCGCCAGGAAGUACCUGCAGUCGGUCGUGGCCAGGGGCGUGGGCGAGAACCUAGGCGGCGGCGCAGCGGAUGACCCGGCGCCCCUUACCAAACGCCACUCGGACGGCAUCUUCACCGAUAGCUACAGCCGCUACCGAAAACAGAUGGCCGUCAAGAAAUACUUGGCGGCCGUGCUAGGGAAAAGGUAUAAACAGAGGGUUAAAAACAAAGGACGCCGAAUAGCGUACUUGUAGCGAUGAGUUGCCAGCUACGGUGUGUAUAAAAUGAAAAAAUCGUUUUCCAAAU